AUGAGGAAAUUAGACACCUCUGUUGAUGCACUUCUGGAAGAAUUCAAGGAAGCAUGGAAGCCAGAGAUGGGCGAAUAUUCACGGAAAUUAGUGGAGUUUUGCUCUUCAAAGGCUUUAAGGCAGGGGCCAGCUUGUGAAAGUAUUAGUGAUAGUUCCUUCAGCCGCUUCACAUUCGACAUGAUGCUCGCUUGGCAGAUGCCAAGCUCCGCUGAUGAGGAAUCGUAUAUGGAAACGUUGGGUAAAGCGAAAGAAGAGAAGAAACCACUCAAAGUGACUGCACCACAUGAAGACGUGUCAUUGUUCUAUUCGGACAUCAUGCCAUUGCUUGUUGAUCAUGGACAAGGUGUAGAAGAAGAUGCUUUUGUAUGGUUUUCAUCAAUGCUCCCUUUGCCCGGAGAUGUAGUCAAUGGUAGAUUCAUCUUCGAAACUCUUACCGCACCUACGGCUAACACUCUACAUUAUCCAGCCUAUGAUAGAUUUCUCACAGAAAUUGAAAAGUGCACGAAGCAUCUACAAAAGCAAGAUACACCAAAGGGAGCCACAUUUGCUGAUGAUGAAUAUAUAUUGCAUGUUGAAGGAACAGCAAGUACCCAACGAGUAGUCCGUCAUAUUGGAGGAACAAGCUGGCCAGGUAGACUGACGCUCACCAACUAUGCCCUCUACUUCGAGGCGUUGGGGUCUAUCAGUUACGAAGAUGCUAUAAAAGUUGAUCUCUCAAGGAACAUUGAUCAGAGUCUGAAACCAGCUGCUACAGGCCCAUGGGGUGCGGCACUUUUUGACAAAGCCAUGCUAUACGAGUCCUCAGAACUGGCAGAAGGUGUACUGCUAGAAUUCCCGGAAUUGACCAGUUCUACUAGACGAGACCAUUGGAUGAUUUUAACAAAGGAAAUUAUGCUUUUACACGAGUUCUUAUCAAAAAGGGAGUCGCUGUCGGCAAACCAAAUGUGGGAAAUGCAUGCAAGGACAAUCUUAGGCUUUAUAAGGCUUCAUGCUGCUAGAGAAAUGCUAAGGAUGGCACCUCCAAUACCACAAAGAUUUUUGAUAUUUACUUUAUUUGAUGAGCUACCUAAAGGAGAUUUUAUAAUAGAAGAACUUGCAGAAACUCUGAAACUGAUUGAAACUGGAGAACCGUGCAGUGCAAGUUCAAUUCUGAGGAGUCUGAACAUGCCACAUGAAAUUGUGCAUGAAAUGGAGUUCAAAAAGCCAGAUGUGGUUGAAGGGGUCAGUUUAAAAAGCCCUCAAGAAGAUGGUUUUGCAACAUUGGAUGGAGCUGUUUCAGAGGUGAAGGAACAAGCAAAGGAAAUGGAAUCGGCUAAAGCUACUACUGAAGUUUUGAAGGAAGAAGGGGUUGUUGAUAGUGCUCUUGUACUUUUGGAGCUGUUGAAACCACUGAAAAGCUGUUGGAUUUGGUUCCAAGAAGUAGUGUCGUGGGAGAGGCCGGGUGCAACCGUAAAUUUGAUUGCUGCUAUUCUCUUCAUAGCUUACAAGGAGUGGAUUGGAAAGGCAUUAGCCAUCAUCUUAUUUUGGGCAGCCUACGUAAUGCUACGAGCAAGACAACAGAGGAUUGGAGACAAGUAUAACAAAGUAGUAGUGUGUACUGCUUCAGACAAUACGGCCAUGGAGAGCAUUGUUUCAGCUCAGCAACAACUGAGAACUGCACAGGACUUGGUGCAGCAGGUCAACAUUGCAAUACUUAAGGUCUACUCCAUAUCGGUUUCUAGAGCUCCCAAGCAAUCAAAUACAGUGAUGAUGAUGAUGGUUAGAGUAGCAGUCAUUGUAGCUCUGAUUCCCUUCAAGUAUUUGAUUAUGGCUUCCACCUUGUAUCUAUUUGCAACCAACUCAAAAGUUGUUUCCAAGAAUCUCAUGAAAAACGACACAGGAAACCGGCGGUUGAAGGAAUGGUGGGACUCCAUUCCCGUUAUUCCCGUUGAAUUCGUGGACGAGCUACCAGAAAACAGCUGAUUACCCUCUUUGCAGCAACUGUUUUGUGUAGUUAGGAGUAUGUCAAUCAGCGCUUGUUAGUUAAAAGAAUGUUUUGUAUAGCCGUUUGUUUUACAUAUGAGCUUCUCUGUUCCCGUCAGGCGUCAGCACAUAACACUCUUUGGGUUAUAGGACUCAUUAUCAAUAAGGCAUGUAAUGUAAUCUGCGAGUUCUGAAUGUAUAAAGAUUUUUAUUUUGCCUACAUAAAUACAAAGUAUGUUUUUUUAGUAAUGAUGUGCCUAAC